GUGAAAUUGAGGAGUGGUAGGACUGUUGGGGGAAUGGACCUGCAUGGGAAGGGCUGCAGCCCAAAGCUGGGGCAGCUCCAGAGAGCAGUUGGCCCAGGAAAUGGGAGGGUGUCAGCUUGCUGGAGGUCUCAAGAAAUCACCUGCCCUGAAGGAGGAUGCAGCUGAGUCUGUCCUGGCUAGGGGCACCCUCGCCAUGGCUGCUCUUGCUGCUGAUGGCUAUCUCCUGGCUCCUGACCCGUAUCCUCAACUGGAUCUAUGCUUUCCAUAAAAACUCUCAACGCCUCCAGUGUUUCCCACAACCCCCCAAAAGGAACUGGUUCUUGGGUCACCUGGGCCAGAUCACGCCCACGGAGCAGGGCUUGAGAGAAGUGACUCGGAUGGUGACCAUCUUCCCCCAAGCCUUCCUGACCUGGAUGGGCCCCAUCGACCCUGUCAUUAUUCUGUGGCACCCUGACGUUGUCCGGUCUGUCCUGAAUGCUCCAGCUGUAGUUGUACCUAAGGAUAUGGAAUUCUACGGAUUCUUAAAGCUGUGGCUGGGAGAUGGGCUGUUGCUGAGCACAGGGGACAAGUGGAACAGCCACCGUCGCAUGCUGACACCCGCCUUCCACUUUGAAAUCCUGAAGCCCUAUAUGAAAAUAUUCAACAACAGCACAAAUAUUAUGCAUGCUAAGUGGAAGAAGCUGGCCUCAGAGGGCAGCGCCUGUCUGGACAUGUUUGAGCACAUCAGCCUUAUGACCUUGGACAGUAUUCAGAAAUGUGUCUUCAGCUUCGACAGCAAUUGUCAGGAGAAUCCCAGUGAAUAUAUAUCUACCAUCUUGGAUCUCAGUGCUCUUGUUAUGAAGCGAGACCAGCAGAUCUUAAUGCACAUGGACUUCUUGUACUACCUCACUCCUGAUGGGCAGCGCUUCCGCAAGUCCUGUGACCUGGUGCACAGCUUCACAGAUGCUGUCAUCCAAGAACGCCGCCGCACUCUCGCUAGCCAGGGUGUUGAUAACUUCCUUAAGGCCAAGACCAAGGCCAAGACAUUGGACUUCAUUGAUAUUCUUCUGCUGAGCAAGGGUGAAGAUGGAAAGCAGUUGUCAGAUGAUGAUAUAAGGGCAGAGGCUGACACCUUCAUGUUUGCAGGUCAUGACACCACAGCCAGUGGUCUCUCCUGGGCCCUGUACAACCUUGCCAGGCACCCAGAAUACCAGGAACGCUGCCGGCAGGAAGUGAGAGAACUCCUGAGGGACCGGGAUCCUGAGGCGAUUGAGUGGGACGACUUGGCCCAGAUGACCUUCCUCACCAUGUGCCUCAAGGAAAGCCUGCGACUUCAUCCUCCAGUCACGAUCAUCUCCCGCUGCUGUGCUCAGGAUGUGACACUUCAUGACGGACGCGUCAUCCCCAGAGGAAACAGCUGUGUCAUCAGUAUCUUCGGGAUUCAUCACAACCCUGCAGUCUGGCCAGACCCCGAGGUCUACAAUCCCUUCCGCUUUGACCCAGAAAACCCUCAGAAGAGGUCACCCCUGGCUUUUAUUCCCUUCUCGGCAGGCCCCAGGAACUGCAUCGGACAAGCAUUCGCUAUGGCAGAGAUGAAGGUGGUGCUGGCGCUCACCCUACUGCACUUCCGAGUGCUGCCUGACAGUGAUGCUGAACCCCGCAGAAAGCCGGAAUUGAUCUUGCGCGCUGAGGGUGGCCUGUGGCUUCGGGUAGAGCCAUUAAACAUGGGUCCAGCACUAAAGUGACCCAUAGUGGCCUGACUGGGACCCAGCUGUGCUCUUUUGCAGAAUCCCAUCUGUGCCUGAGCCUGGAAUAGAGUCAACAGGUGCUGCUGGUUGACUGUGGGGACCCACAGCGCAAUCUGGGUAGUCCAGGAAGUGCUGGUGUCUAUAACACAGACUCUGAUGGCCUGACUGGGCAGGGGGUCUCCCCACAGAGGGUGGGUGAUUCUGAGGCCCAAGCACAGAUUUUAUUCCACAGACAACAGAGCCCUGGGAUGGGGUUUAAGUUUACAGGCAAGUAAAUUUGGGCCCCCAGGUCAUGCAGAUAAACCCAUUGUAACAUUGCCUUUCCACCAUCUUGACUUCAGUUUUGACGUGUCUUUUCUCAUGCGGUUCCUCUCAGUUUUGCCACAGCUGCUGAAUAGCUGUUUAUUAAACGUAGAGUGUCUAA